AUGUGUUUGCAACUUGUUAAUCUCCCUAGAUCAGCGACAGAACGGCCCUUUUCCCGCGCCGCGGCCAUCCCUAUGUCGCCGCAGCCGGGGCUCCCCAGCAGGCAGCAGCAGCAGCAGGGCGCCGUGCCGCCGGCGCCGGCUCCGCCCGCCGUGGAUGCCACUCUGCGUGCCGGCCUUGCCCGCGUGAUGAUGCAGCACUGGGGCCACGCCGAGUUCAGGCCGCUACAGGCAGAGGCCGUGGCCGCCACGCUGGGCGGCAAGGACGUGCUGCUGAUCCUGCCCACCGGCGGCGGCAAGUCUCUGGCUUUCCAGCUGGCGCCGCUGUACCGCAACCAGUUCACCGUCGUGGUGACCCCCCUGCUGGCGCUCGCACGGGACCAGGCAAGGAUUGCGGGUGGUGGCCUGCCUGUCAACGGCUGCGUGGAGCGCGGCAUAGAGGCGGCGGCGUGGAGCAGCGAGACGCCCGAACAUGUGAAGGCGAGGCUGGAGCGGGAGCUGCUGGCUGACCUGGAGGAUGGCUCACUGAGCCUGCUCUACACCACACCCGAGAGUCUGCAAAUGGAGCGGCUCAGGGAGGUGUUGAAGGCGGCCCACAGCUGCGGCAGGCUCUGCUCCUUUGCGAUCGAUGAGGCCCACGCCGUGAGCGAGUGGGGCCACGACUUCCGCCCCUCCUACCUCACCCUGGGCCAGCUGCGGGGCGACUUCCCGGGCGUACCGCUCAUCGCCGCCACCGCCACCGCCACCGCCGCCGUGCGCCGCUCCAUCGCCGGCGCUCUGGGCCUGCGCGCCCCGCUGCUGCUGCAGGGAUCAUUCAACAGGCCCAACCUGUGCUACGAGGUCCGGCACAAGGAGCUGGUGGGGGACGGCAGCCGCGAGGCGGCGCUGCAGCGUCAGCUGCUGCCGGGGGCGGCGCCGCCUUUGGUGUGUGAGCUCACGCCGCACGCGGGACGCGCCACUCAGCCUGGCACCGGGGCGCCCUCCUCCUCGCCCUGCCCCCGGCGCGGCCAGUGCGGCAUCGUGUACGCGCGGCUGAGGGCCACCUGCGACUGGCUGGCGGCGGCGCUGGGGGAGGCAGAGGUGGAGUGCGCCGCGUACCACGCUGGCAAGGACUCGCAGCAGCGCAACAAGAUCCAGUCUGGCUGGAUGGAUGGCGAUUACGAGAUAGUGUGUGCCACCAUCGCCUUUGGCAUGGGGAUAGAUAAGGGCGACGUGCGCUUCGUGGAACCGCGGUGCCGGCGGCGGGCCCUGCUGGCGCACUUUGGCGAGCAGCGCUCAGGUGGCUGCUCCGCGCAGCGAGGGGAGGGUGUGUGCGAUUACUGUCGGGACCCCAAGCGCGUGCUGCACUGCCUGGCGGUGCUGGAUGGGAAGCUGGAGGCCGCGGCGGAGGCGGAGGCUGAGGCAGCAGCGGCAGCAGCGGCAGCAGCAGCAGCAGGAGCAGCAGGAGGCAGCGAAGGCCAGGGGGCGGCGGGCGGCGACCCUUUUGACCGCUGCAAUGCCGGCUCGGGGGACGAGCGGCGGCGGGGGAAGCAGGGGCGGGGCGCUGGCUCGCCGGGCAGCGGCAGCUGCGGGGAAGGCAGCUGCGGGGAAGGCAGUGACAGGGAGGGCGGCGGCGACCCUGCCCCGGCGGCAGCCGUGGGCCCCUUCUCCACCGCUCGUGCGCUGGAGCAGCAGCGGCGGCCGCCUGCGGGCCGGCGGCUGGCGGCUUGGACGGCGCCCCGGCUGCAGGCAGCACCAGCAGCUGGCGGCGGGUCGCUGCCUGCAAGGCCGGGCGGGGUGUCCAGGGUCACGGCUGCGGCCAGAGGAUUGGAGCCUGGGGCGGCAAACCGCGGUGCAGGCCCCGCUUGCGGCGCCGGUGCCGGUGCCGAGCCAGCCAGGCAGCCGCUGCGGCCGCUGCUGCCCAACCGGCUGAAGCGACCCUUGGCUACGGCGGCAGCCGGGGCCGCGCCCAAGCAGCAGCAGCAGCAGCAGGGAGGGCAGGCAGCCGGGCAGGCAGGGGAGCAGCCCUCGAGCCCCGUCGGUGCGGCAGGCCCGGGCGGUCCCUCUGCAGCGGGCAAUGCUGCCGCCACCGCGCCCGUGCUGGGUGGCAGCGGGUCGCCGCUUGCCGGCACCGCCGCGCGCACAGCCCCAGCCGCGACAGCGGCAGCAGGGGAUGGCAGCGCCACAGGGGCUGGCGGCGGCGGCGGCGGCCGGCGGCCGGUGUUCCGGGCGUUCAAGCCGCCGCGCAGGGUGGCGCAGGCAUGA